UUCCUCUGCCACCUUUCAGUACUGCAGACUACAGUAAUUAGCUAAGCUUCUCCAUUAUACUCACUCCACAACACAACAAAUACAAGUACUGUCUAUCAGUCUAUCUUCUUCCCUCAUAAACACACUCACCUUUCUCCAUUUCUCUCCACUUUAUUUAUAUUACCUCCUUUUUCCCUUUUCUAAUCUAGUAAAAAUAAUAUUAAAACCUGUUGUUUGUUUACUAUACUGGCUUUACCAACAAUGGAAGCUUUCAGUUUACUCAAAUACUGGCGAGGUGGUGGUGGUGGCCCCACCGGAGUUUUAUCCCCCGACGCCGCCGCCGUUACUAAUCCACGCGCCGCCGUCCUCACCGCCGUUAACUCGUCGGACUCUGACGAUGACGAUAACGGAGACGAUGGACCCUUUUUUGACUUGGAGUUCACCGCACUUCCUCAAGACAUAGAAGAAGAAGAAGUGAAUGUUGAAGCAAACCAAAGGUGUAAAAUUAGUUCUAAGAAGAAGGAAGAAGAAAAGGAGGAAGAAGGAGAUGAAAGUGAGUUGGAUGAGUUUGAGAAUGAAGGAGAGCUUAAAUUCACGCUUUCGUCAUCGGGUUCUAGCAUUGACGGUACGGAUCUACCAGACGUAUCAAUCUCACCGUCCGAUGAUUUAUUCUUCAAAGGCAGUUUGGUUCCAAUCGAGCCUUCAUCGCUUUUGCUAUCGGAAGCAAAUUCAAAGUUUUCUAACUCACUGUUGAAAUCCGCUACUAAGUUUAGAGUGUUAAUGCUCAAACUUAAGAAGCCUAAAUCAAACGCAACAACAAAAAUUGAAAAAACUCACGGUGACGGUGAUGGCGAUGCUACUCCUAAGCCACAACGGAACAAGGUAACGGAGAAUGCAAAAGAGGAGACUCAAAAUAGGACGCAGACAGUGACAGUGAAGUUUAAGGUUGAAGAAGUUCCUAUUAAGUCAUUGUUUACCAGAGAUAACAGCUCUAAAGCCAACAACAACAACAACACUAAAACACAGAAGCGGAAUCCUGAGGAAGCAUGUUCAACAAAUGCAGUUUCCGAUGAGAAGAAAUUUUCUAAAGAUGUAAUGCAAAAGUACUUAAAAAAGGUGAAACCUCUAUACAUUCGCGUCUCAAAACGUUACGGCGAGAAGCUUAAGUUGUCAGGACAGUUAAGUUUAACAGGAAAAACGGGUCCUUCACCACCUCCGUCUUCUAAGACGGAAGUGGUGACGGACACUUCACAGAAGCAAGGGAAUAUUCCAACCGGGCUUCGAAUAGUUCGUAAACAUUUGGGGAAAAGCAGAUCGGCUUCAUCAUCGGCUGUUGUUGCAGCGGCGCCUGUUGCAUCAUCUAACCGUCGAGACGAUUCAUUGUUACAGCAACAAGAUGCAAUUCAAGGCGCUAUAUUACAUUGCAAGAGAUCUUUCAAUUCAUCUAGAGAUUCAGAGUCCUCCAUUUUAUCACGUUCAGCAAGUGAUGCAUCACAUGAAAAAUCAACGAGCUUGACGACAGAUUCAUCUACAUUAGAGGAGGCCACAGCGGUGAGAAAUUAGGAAUUCAUUAAAAUUAAGAUUUUCUGCUUAGACUCGUUAAUUACUAUUAGUAGUAAGUGUAGGUUAUGGCUUUUUUACUCUUAGGUUUUUCCUCGAUUAUAGAGAUUUCAACGGUCAUGGCAAAGUAAUGACUGAGAAAUGAGUGGUCAGUUAUCCAAUUUCUCUCGUGCUUUGCUCUUUGUAAAUUAUUAAUUAGCACUUUAAUAUAUUAUAGAAUUAUACUACUAGUUGUACU